AUUUUCCCCCGAGUGAGCAGACUAACAGGGCUCCCAAUAGGGAAGCGCAAAGUGAGGUGUUCGCGACACAUUCCGCUGUGUGAGAGAUGUUCGCACUUUGGAUUGGAAUGCGAGUAUUCGCCUGUUAGGACAAUGGGUAGGCCUCGUGUGCGGCAGCCUCGUCAUGAUGUCAACUCUACUACUGCUUCGAUGCCGAACGAUCUCAUCAACAUGAGCACCUUUGACCAGCCAAUGGGUGACAUCUUUGGAGAUUUCACCGCUCAGCUGCCGCCUUUCAACAUGGACUUUGGCGGUGGUCGAAACAGUUCACCUGGGCACGAUUUCUUUCAGUCCCGACCGAUAGACGAAGACGAGGCUCCCACUUCACCGCAAGAUCAUCAAAGCCCUUGCUUGCUUCAUCAUGGGCCAGGAAAGUGUGGGCAAAAGAGCCCAGACCGCGAUACAACUCCCAGCCUCUCAACAAAGAAAUGCAGUUGCGUCGAGUUGGUGAACCAGCACUUCUCUUCAGUUGAAGAUUCCCUUGAGACAUUCCAGGUUCUAAAGGUUCUACAACAAUCAAUACAGUCGGCAAAGUCCAUCCUGGAGUGCAACACCUGUUUCGGAUCGUGGGACACGAACCCCGGGACGUCUAGAAACGUCUACCUUCUGGGCUCAUUAAUGUCAAGCAUCAGCUCUUCAUACGGCGACUUUUUCCUCCAUCAGAAGCGCAUCGCCGCCGAGUCAACGAGCAGUGGCAAACCUAUCAAGGUGCUGCUUGGCCAACCACCAGAUGAGGCCGCCACGGUUGAGCUUGCCCUCGACGGCCAAAGCUAUGGGGACUUCAUACGUGCGAGCCUGAGACAGGAGCUGGGGCGUCUUCUGAAGUUGAGCGAUGCGUUUGCGGAAAGACAAACUCGGUUACACAACCAAGGCCACGAAGGGUGCGAGCCGGGGAAGGACUGUACAAAUGUAGAGUUUGUGCCUGACGAAAAACAUCCGGCAGAGGUGUGUCCGAGAGAUGUGGACAUCACCGAGGUUUUUUCGUGCUUCCGCACAGUUGACCAGGUGCGGGCCGUUAUGAUGGAGACGCAGAAGAUCAUAUCAGCAUAG